AACAUUUUGUGCUGUUCAACCAACCAGCAUUUCCUUCGAGGCAGAGCGCGCUCGGAAAGAGGAGGAAGUCGAAAAAUAAAGGACACCGAAUUAAUAAAUACGUUAGAAUAUGUCUAUGAUAUUUACGGUCUAAUAAGGGACUGUGGUUGGUCUCACAACUACCUAAAAACCUUCGGGUUUACCUCAGUUAUCAGAAUUUGAAAUUACACUACCCGCCACUCAACAUACUGUCCCCUCGCCAUACUUCGAGUUGAGAGACGAACGGGGACGAGAAACAUUUCGGAAUAGGCUUAGCUACCUAAUAUUUACAUUGUAAAUUGGUAUUACAAACUUGAUAAUUAUAAACGUUAAGGUGGUGGAAGGUCUCAAGAAGAGGUUUUAGCGAGCUAGUUUGUUUCAAACUAUUCGUCACGAGAACUUGAGGUUCUCUGAGAAAAGUUGUUCGACGUCCACGAGCCGUCAGAGGCCUGUGGGCAGAGGCUGCAUGCAGCAGACACCAUCGGCUUGCAGUGUCGUGGACAUAAACAAGAAACAUGUCGGCUCAAGCGCAAAUGCGAGCGAUGUUGGACCAGUUGAUGGGCACAAGUAGAGAUGGGGACACCAUGCGCCAGAGAAUCAAAUUUACAGAUGAGCGGGUCUGCAAGAGUCAUUUGCUGGACUCCUGUCCUCACGACAUUCUCUCCGGCACUAGAAUGGACCUGGGAGAGUGUGUGAAGGUCCAUGACCUGGCCCUCAGGGCUGACUUCGAGAUCGCAUCCAAGCAACAGGAGUACUUCUUUGAGCUUGACGCUGCUGAGCACCUUCAGUCGUUCAUCGCUGACUGUGACCGCAGGACUGAGCUAGCAAAAAAGAGACUGGCUGAGACGCAGGAUGAGAUCAGCGCUGAGGUUGCCGCCAAGGCUGAGCGGGUCCACGAGCUGAACGAGGAGAUCGGUAAGCUGCUGGCUCGGGCAGAGCAGCUGGGGGGCGAGGGCAAUGUGGAAGAGGCACAGGAGGUCCUGGAGAAGGUGGAGAAGACUCGCGCAAUGAAGAAGGAGGCAGAGGACGUAUACAGGAACUCGAUGCCAGCGUCCAGCUUCCAGCAGCAGAAGCUCCGGGUGUGCGAGGUGUGCUCUGCCUACCUAGGUCUCCAUGACAAUGACCGCCGCCUGGCUGACCACUUCGGAGGCAAACUGCAUCUGGGAUUCAUUGAGAUCCGGGAGAAGCUGGACAGGCUACGGAAAGCCGUUAUGGAUAAGCAAGAAGGAAUGCGACUGAGAAGAAGGGAGGAAAAGGAGGAAGAGAGAGCAAAGGAGUGGGAGCUGGAGCGAGAACGAGAGAGGGAAAAGGAGAGGGAGCGCGAAACUGAACGUGUACGGGAGAGGGAGAGAGAAAGAGAGAGGGGGGAGAGAGAUCACCGGAGGACAAGAUCAAGAAGCGGUGAACGAUACAGGGAGGGAGGCAGCUCAUCCUCCCAUCACUCGAGACGACACCGCUCCUCUCGUCCCAGGGAGGAGGGAGGAGGAGAGCGGGACAGGGAACGGGAGCGUAAGCAUAGACACAAAGACGGGCAUCGCUCGCGCUCCCACUCUCACAGGAGCAAGAGGAAGAGGUCUUCCAGGGACAGAUCCUCACACACCCGAGACAGAGAACCCCGCUCACCAUCUCAGCGCUCUCCGUCAGGGCGUUCACCCUCAGGGCGCUCUUCCCAGGAGAGAUGGAGGGAGAGCGGAGGAGAGGGCCCACCCCGCUCCCGGGAGCAAGACGACAGGCCCGAGCCCAUGACGAGGGAAGACCGGGAGAGAUCCACCUCUCCAGAGAUGAUGGCCAGGGGGAGAGAAAGAGAGAGAUCUCUGUCGCUAGAGAGGGAUAGACGUUCCAGCUCAGAUGGGGAGAGGGAGUCGGGGGAGAUAUGAUACAGAGGGGGACAUCCGAGGUCAUGUUAGAGCAGGGGGGGUUUAGAAAGAUGGAGCAAAAGUCCAUUCUAAUGGGCUCCUUACCCCUUCACCUGAGCCAUAACCCUUAGAUGUUUGCAGAUCUAUAAGAUGGAAGCAAUAUGGUGGAAGCUACACUGCUUAUACCUAUCCAGAACUUUCAGAUCUGCGAUCAUCAAAGGUUUAUGGCCAGGUGGGAGGGAGUGAAUUGGGACUGGCUGGAAGGGUCCAGGAGGGUGGUGAGUGUGUGUUCAUUCAUGUUGAAGUGCGACAUAAAUUGGCCAGAGAGGAAUAAUUGGGACAAGGAAAUCAGGACGGGAGCAUGCAAAGAUUAGUUGGUGGAGCUUUCGAUUGGGAUGAAUGGGAAAGAUCUUGAACGAAAGGAAGGAGGUUGGACUGGGAGCAACACUUUAUUUCAUGUAAUAAUUGGAUAUUGGGACGGGGUUAGUAGAGGGAGAUGGAUGUUCUACCCAUUUAAACAUUAUUUUAUUUUAGAAAUGCUGUUUUUUUUUUAAAUCAUCAUUAUGAUUGACAAUGUUGAUGCUGUUGUCAUUUUCUGGGUUCCAACAUGGAUCCAAAGAUCGGUUUCAUAUGGGGGAGCGCGUAUAGUGUGUACAACUUAGAUUUAUACACAAACAGUGAUGAACAACCACAUAUUUGAAAGAUAAACAUACUUGAGAGUACCACUUAACUCUUCACACUAAUAUGGACAUGUAGAAUUCAAUAUAGUUGACAACGUACACAAGCAUUUUACAUACUGUUACUUUAUUGGUAUUCAGCAGAAACCCAUGGUCAGACACACACACACAAACACACACACACACACAGUCCUUUUGCUGUGAGUCAAGGUGGAUGUUUGGGGGAUCUACCUUGCUGUGCCAUCUACUACAAAGUUAAUAAAAGUCCUGCUUCCAUUGUGA